AUGAACUGGCAUGCAGAUAUGGAUAGACUAAUCCCGCCGAAUCCUGGUGCUGACUGCUCUGCUGCCCCUAUUUAUAGUUAUCCUUCUGGGCCCCAAAGAACCUCUGGUUCGGCAGCGGGAGUCUACUCGACUGUGUCCACCACAAGCAGUGGUCAGCCACGUAUGACUUUCGCAUCUGCAGCAGCUGGCGCUGGGGUGAUAGAAGAAGGCCAGGGCGAGUCGGCAAGUAAGAUAUACACUCAAAUAAUCCUGAAUUCGAAGUAUUAUUAUUAUUAUUCUAGUUUAAAUCAGCGUCAACUGUGA